UGGUUUGAUAUUGAAUGCACUCAGAAGAUGAACGAAGACAGCACGUUCUUAUUCGAUUUUUAAGAUACCAAAUCUUGCUGCCAUAUUGACCUAUAUUUCGUGGCGCUUCUUUUAAAUAAAAGCAAGGACGUAUAACUAACAUCUACUAUACGUCCUCGAUAAAAGAAUGGAUGUGCCAGAGGUGCCAUGCAGUCCUCGUAGUACACUGAAGAGGAAGCGUUCUGCAUCAGAUACAACUCCUAAAAUCCAAGGUCCCAUAGCAACAAUAGAUUUAAAAGGCCCAUCAAAAGUGGAAUAUGGAAAAACAGCUUCUUUGGUGGCUAAAUGCAAUAUUGGAUCACUUGAUGCCUCCCACUUUACUGGCAAGUGGCAGCGCAUUGACAAAGGGAAAGUUACUGACCUGGAUUUAUCAUUAGAUAAAUAUAAUGGUAGUUCUACAGAUCUCAAGAAUGCAAGACUCAUGAUAAAAGACAUAAAGACUGCUGACAAAGGAACUUAUCAGCUUUCCAUAUGUAAAGACAAUAAUUACAUCACCAGUCAGUUUGUACUUAAUGUGCACAUGAAACUAGAUGAAAAGAAAAAAAUCAGAUAUGAGCUCCUGAAUGAUAAGGGACAAGAAGCCUUGAAAUGUUAUUUUGAUACCCAUGUUCCAGCAAGCCAACUUGAUAUGCAUCUUUCAAAAUACAAAAGUGAUCUCAAUUUUAAGCGACAUUGUAACCAUCAUCAACUGGGAAUUCUAUUUCCAGUAGGCAAAGCAGUAUCAUCAAAAAAAUUAGAUACUAGCUUGUUAUACAAGUUAUGUCGUAAUACAAUAGGACUAGCUCCACCACGGCAAGGAUGGGAUAAUUUGCCAAAUCCUGGUGAUUUAACUGAAUCUGAUGACAUUGAAAGGAUACACAAACACAGAAAUCAAUUCUCUCAUAAGGGACAAGAAAAGAUAGAAAAUUUAAAUACAGAAUUUAAAGAUUUAUCAGAUGCCAUAGUAAGACUUGGAGGAGGGAAAUUUAAGAAAGAAGUAAAAAGAAUUAAGACGUUAAAGAUUGAUGAUUUGGAGAACGAUAGAAUUCGCAAUAUUGAAGAUGUUACAUUGGAGUCAUUAGAGCUGAUUCGCAGUAUUAAAAAAGACACUGAAGAAACAAAAAAUAGUAAAAGAAAUCAAAAUGGAGCACCAUUCUUCUUGUGUAAGCUUUAUCUGCAAAGAGUAUGCCAUCAAUGUAGUGGAAAAUUUGAAAGGCCAAUAAAGCCUCCAAAGGAUUUUGUUUUCAGACGAAAAAUACCAAAAGAGUAUUUUAAUACUACCGGAAGAUGUUUAUCCUUUAGGAAAGUGCAUUAUCAUAUUGAGUGUGUUGAUGACAAAGAAAACAUUUGCAAAAUUCCACCUAAAGAAGGAAUUAGUCUUUCAAAAUCCCACAUUGAAUAUUUUGAAACGCUAGGGCAUCACAGUGUGUGUGACUGUGCUAAAAAGUUAGAUCUUGUUGCUGUUUGACUGUUGUUGCACAAUCAAAAAUGCUGUAAAAUCUUAAAUUCAAGUAUCUCUUGAUCUAGUCAUAAUGAAACCCCAGUAUUGUAUAAAUAUUAAUUGAAUUCUUCAUGUAUCAUUCAAUUAUUUUAUGAAUAUAAAAUGAAAUAACAGAUGAAAACAAAACAGUACAGUAAAUAUUUGUAAACAGGAGGAAGCACAUUCAAUUUAUAAUAUUUUAGCAACUUUUUGUUGGAUAGUUUUCUCUUUCUUAUUAUAGCAAUUUAAGUUUGAAAAUAUUCUCACCUUUUAUUUUAUAAAAAAAUACAUAUAUAUUCUAUUUAUACCCCUGAGCUUUGAAAAAGUUGGGGUAUACUAUUUUACCUCUGUCCAUCCAUCCCAUGAUUAUUUAAACAGAAUGUUUGAUGAAUUAGUUUUCAUUAAACACCUUCAGAAUUAAAAAAGAAAUUUAUUGUUUUCCUGCUACAUCAUGUACAUAGCAAAAGCCUUUAAAGGUAUAGAUUUGCAGUACUGUUUUUUCUAAAUAUUGAAGUAUCAUGAGUUAUCUCCCCUUUAAAUAUUAAAUUCACAUAAACAUCAUUAGUUAUCAUUAUUUUUACCAUUUAUUUUUGUGUUAUGGCUAUUAUUUUCUUGACUAUUUAAAUAGAAAGACUAAAUUGCAAGAACAUCUACACAGAAGAUCUACAAAUAAGUGAACAUGAUUGUAAGAGUUGUUGCCCUUUGUAACCUGUCUUUGAUGUUUUGCCUUUUUAACUCUAAGAAACUCUACACAGCAAUAUUCAUCUGUUACCGACCGUGCAAAGGCUGUAUAGCCAGUCGAGGUCGUUAAAACUUCCAUUCAUGGUAUUCAUCUGCUUGACAAGAUCUACAAAUAAUUAAACAUGUCUAAAAUCAUCUGUCUACCCAAUAUAAGAGUUAUUGCCCUUCAAAUACACUUGUUAUCUGUUGGUAAUCUUUUCAAGCUAAAGCAGAUAGAAGGCUGAUUUGUUUUUUAAUUAUAUAUAUGGAAGCUACCAAGGGGACAUUCAAAUCUCAUACAUGUCAUGUUACCAUGGUUACAGUUUUGUACAUAUUACAGUUUUUCUAUAUUAUCUUAAACCUAUAAAUGAAUUUUUUAAAUAUUUUUAGAAAGACUGUACACAAUUUAUUUUUUCUGGUAGAUGAAAAUCAUGCAUAUAUAUGAAUUGCAUUUAUUUAUAUUAGGAUUUGAAAAAUGAAAUAAUUCAUUUGAGAUCCAAACUAGCUACAUGAAAGCAAUGCAUCUGAGAAUAAUAAGAAUAUAAAAAGAACAAUCAUGUUAUCAAAUGGACCAACUAAUACUGAUUACAUAAAGGAAGUUUAUGGUGUGAGUAUGUAUUUAUGAUGAUAAAAUCUCAGUGUAUAUUACAAAUUGAUGCUUGACAAUUUUAAAGUUUUUAAUAAAUUUUUAUGUUAAAUUUA